AUGUACCUACUGAACCGGCUUUUCGUAGUCCCUAACCGAUGCAAUUCCACGUCUAGAACAUUAUUGAGGAAGCAUUCAACCGCAUUUCGAAUAUCGACUAAAACGAGUCGGAGAGCCACCGUAGGGGAAACAGUUGGAAAUCACUUGACUGAAUUCAUAAUGAACAUAGAAACCAGGCAAGAGUAUAGGCUGAAGGUCAAUAAUGCAAAUGAAUUGCUGAUUCAAAGGUGUAUCAAGAACCGCGUUACUUUACGUGGACUCACCAGCACCACCUCCAUGGACCGGUGCGCUGGAAAAGUCAAGCUUUUACCUCGCCAGUUCCAAGGAAUAUUCGACUUACUUUUGGAUGGGCAAGUGAAGCGAUAUCCAAGGUCUAGAAUCAGCAAAGGCGGAGCGGAUGCUAAACCCUACGGCUCAUUUCGGCAAUAUAUGGCAACAAUGCAUCAACCAUGUAAUUACCGAGUUUCAGGCAAGGGGUUGUUGAUGUCUCGCCGCCGCCGACUGAGUAUUGAGAGUCAGUUCAUAGGACAACUGGCAAGAGAAACUUCUACAAACCCGCAUUUUGGCACCCUUGACUGA